UCACAGUCCACCUCGGCGGCAGACUGAUCGCACAUGUGACCGUUUUAACUCCAUUUCAGGGGUUCCCGUAUUAUUUUAUGCAAAGUGCGUAUGAAGCUCAGAAGUGCUGGGAGGAGAACUUUGGUACCUUAAAAACAGGAUUACAGCAGGAGCAAUAGACCCCGGAGCAAUGCCUCGUUCUUUCCUGGUGAAGCGUGGUGGGCUGCACCACCUUCGUCACGUGGCAAGAAGCCCCAGCCCUGGAGCCACUGCAGUAAUGUUCAGUGAACUGGAAAAAAGGGCGGGAGCCUGGGACGCAUCCCUGGAGUACACCAAACCGAAGACAAACGGUGAUAAUGCAAUCGCCGCUGUGUUAUUACAGCAGGACUUAAAGUUCUGUAAUGAAAAUGGGAGCCGUCACCCAUUCAGUCCUCAAUCAUACGACCACAGUUCUGCUGAGGCCUGCAGUCCUAUCAACGCAAAUAUUUUUAGCCAAGUGGAGAAAGUUGUUUCUCAGCCUCCCAAACCAGAAGUAUUGUCGAGUCUUCAGGUGAGGUCUGGAUAUCCAGACAAACUGUCCGAACUGAGAGAGUUGGAGCACCAUCAGAUCCUGAGAGAGACCAGGAGCAGCAGCUGCUCUAAGAUCAGCGCUCUGAGGCAGGAGUGCCUACUCUGUGGAAAGAUAUUUUCAUGUCUGUCAAGUCUGAAAACUCACAUAUGUAAGAGUCACAGAGGCAGAGCCCGUAUGUCAGUGGCACACAUCAAGUCCGACAGGGCUGGUAAUGAGCAGGCACCUUGCAGGGGGAAGGAGCGGACAUUCAGCUGUACGGUGUGUGCAAAAGUGUUCAAGCGCUCCUCCACCCUCUCCACUCACCUGCUCAUUCAUUCAGACACCCGGCCCUAUCCCUGCCAGUACUGCGGCAAACGCUUCCACCAGAAGUCUGACAUGAAGAAACACACCUUCAUCCACACCGGGGAGAAGCCCCACGUGUGUCAGAUAUGUGGCAAAGCAUUCAGCCAGAGCUCCAACCUCAUCACCCACAGCCGAAAGCACAGGGAUGACAGGCCCUACCGCUGCCCACAAUGCCUUUACAGCUUCCAGCAUAAAGUGGACCUGCGGCAGCACCAGGAGCAACACUGCGCCUACCGCUGAUUCUGCCCCACUCGAGACUUUAACCUUCUCAACGAAGAGGAACAGGAACUGGGAUCUAAAUCUUUGACUGUGUUGCUCCCAAGACAGCGUUUAAUAUUUCAUGCAAAGCUGUGUACAGUGUUGGAGGUGUAUUAUAUACCACAGGCAUUGUGGUAGGGUGUGUUGAGUCUCAGCAGUGUAGUGAAAUGACUUUAUUUAUGUGAAGGAAAGUACAAAAAACGGUACUGGUUACAACAAUACUUUAAUAAUUUAAAUUGUAAAUGCAAAAUACAUCCUCAGUCAGUGCAUUUGAUUUAACUGAUGCUUAUUUUUCAGGUGUACUUAGUGAUAUCGAGCUAUUUGUUUUUUGUUUUGUUUCUUUCCACAUACUGAGGAAUAUAGUUGUACAGGAAAAAUCACAGCACUGUUAAUGCUUCCAUCCAUCUUCUUUAUAGCUUAUCCAAAGUCAGAGUCACUAUUGUUAUAUUAGUGAUCAUUAUUAUUAUUUCAGUUAAGCUGUGUUCAGACUUUAAUUCUUGUGGACAUGUGGUGUGUUUUCUAGUGUUUUUGUAUUAACGGGACACCAAGUAUGAG